CUGAAGUGUCGCAGCGAAAUCGCAUCCGAUAUGCUCGCAACAGAAGCUCUCGGUGGUCCUCCUCCUUUCACUAUGCCCUCUCCGCACCUCCGCCAGCCCCCCUACCAACCUCCGCCCCUCCUCUCCUACCGGACAGUUCCCUCGGCUCCCGGAGCCCCCUCUCCCCACCCCAUCAAGACAGACGGUGCCUACGUGGUCAAGGAGGAGCCGGGCGUGCCUUCCGGGACGGCCAACCGCGCUGAGACACGCAAACGACCUCUCGAGGAGGCUGUCGGUGCUGAGGAAGGGCAGAGCGGCGAGCAGGAGUCGCUGGGCAAGUUGCUGUCGCUCCACCGGAGCCACUCGUUCUCUCAUGUGGUGGAUAAGUCGGCCGAUGUCAAGACUGCCGUUCCAUCGCCGUCGAGCAGCCUCAGCGGGACGUCUGGCCUAGGUGGUGUUGGUGUUGGUGCGUUGAAGGAGACCGAUGGCGCGACGACGGCCAUUCAGGAGCAGGGAGGGGUGGGAGGGCAGGGGGACGGGCAGGGGAGUAGUGGUGUUGCUGCGCGUCGCCUGGCUGGCGACAAGAUGUUGAAGUUUGGUGACGUCACGCUCAUCGCGGGCAAGCCGCGAAAGUGGCGAAAGGUACGCACUCACGCACGCACGAUAACACAACACACACGAUGCCCAACAUAAACACUCCUGUAUGUCUGUCUGUCUGUGUCACUGUGUGCAGGUGUCAGUGAUCGGGGGCCAUUUCUCCCGUGUCAAGUGGAUCGCGGUGCCGUUCUCCGAGGACGACGAGUUCCGCCAGGUACAAUGCCGAAUGCGAUGGCCGCCACUCGGCCUCGCACGAUCCAGGAGCGUCGCGUGAAUGAAUGGCCCGAGGACCGGAUCCAUCAUCCUGUCUGCCUGCCCGUGUGUGUCUGUCUGUCUGUAUGUCCAGAGUCUAGUGAGGUAUGUGCAGCCUGACGAGGGGGGGCAGGGGACUAAGGGUAAGCGGGGCCGCAAGGCGGCGGCGGCGGCUCAGCAGCAGGCCACCGAGUACUCGAGGGCCAGAGAGUGCGCCGCGGCGCUGCACGCCUCCCUGCAUGCCAGGGUAACCACACACAUACACACCCACAGACACACACAGGAUGGUCGCUAUGUCGAUGGGCUGCGUGGAUGUGCGUCGGUGGACUCUAGUCACUUUAAAGCGCUUCUCGGACGGACUGGCCAUAUUAUUGGCGUGAUGCGUGUGUAUUAUUCUCUCUUGUUCAGGGCGUGCCGACGGCCGCAGCGGCGUCGUCUGCUCCGCUGGCUCACCACGCUGCUGCAUCAGCGGUGAGAAGGACCGGUGGGUGUGCGUGGGGGCGACAGAUGGAUGGAUGGAUGUGUGUGGUGUCGUGUGGAUUAUGUGGGUGUGCGUCCAUGCAGUACCUGCAGCAGCCCUAGCUCAGCUCACCUCCGCUCAUCAGCCACACCCACCUGUAAACAAACAAGAAGAGAGCAGAGAGGAGAAGAGCGUGCAGCCAGUCCAUCCAUCCACAGAUGUGCAGUCGACACACACACACACACACAUUGAUUGAUUGAUGGUUGGUUGGCUGCUUGGUUGGUUGCUGUGAAGAAGAAUACGUUCACUCACUCAGUCACUCACUUGCGCGUUUUUGAUGAACCUGGCUGCCUGGCUGCCUGCUGGUUGCUUGCCUGUGAGUGGAUGGAUGGGUGGGUGUCGGUUGGGUGCGGCUGGUCUGUCGGAUGGAUGGAUGUGUUUUGACGAGACAGCCGCCCACCCAUGGCAUGGCCAGCCAGCGGUACGUAAGGAAGUUGAUGGAUUGGUUGGUUGAUCGAUUGAUGCGUGUGUGAGGUGUGUACAAGUAAGUGGACACCUGGCAUGAUCGAACCGCUGCGUGUCUCGUCCGUCAUGCGUCUAUCCCAUCCACUCACUGAUUGCCUGAUGGAUGGAUCCAUGGAUGGAUGGAUGGAGUACUUGUAAAGAUUGCUUGCCCGUGCUGUGCUCGUCUGUGUGGGAGAAAUCCAUCCAUCCAUCCACCGAAUGACUGAGAUCAAGGCUUGCGGCGGCUAUACAAACAUUCACCCACCGACGUCAGUCAAGUUGAAGUCGGUCCAUCGUCAGUCAGUCAACACAUACAUGUACACGACAUGGGGGCAGGCACUACAAAAUCAGCACCAGCAGCGAACCACAGACGGACAGACAACCAACCAACCAAUACGAAAGCCAAAUGGCUGGGCGGGGGCGCACUCGCUCACAGGCCG